UUCACGGGCGUCACACACCAGGAGCCACCCGCCGCCCCUCUCUCACUCGCUCUCACACAACGCGCCCCUCUCACUCCCCUCUCUCCCCACCAACCACCACACCCUCUAACAACCAAGCCAGAGGGUGUUCAGUGCUCGUCAACCUGUUUCUAAAAAAAAAUCACCGCGAAAAGACGUCCAUAUCUUUGUCAAUCACCGUCGUUAUUUGUGGAUAUUAUUGUAAACAUCAGGACGGACGAUGUUGAAGAUUAUUUACAUAACCUUCUGGGCCAUGUCGGUAGUGGCUAAUGAGGCCAGGAUGCCCUCCCACCUUCAGGAGAACACCACGCCUCCACCACGAGUCGCCUCCACCAUCUCCUCCUCCACUGAGACCCAGAAGUAUGGGGAAAGGCCUCCAACACCUCCAUCUCCUGUCCAACACCUCACUCCACCUCCAAAACCUCCUCCUCCACCGCUACCUACAAGUUUGAGGGGACUUCUUCAGUUAGCUCCUGAAGAGGCCGUGAAGGUGGAGGCGGAGUGUAGUGUAGGAGAUGAUGGUGAGGGGUUGGAUGGUGAUGAUGGGAGUAGGGAUGGUUGGUGUCAUCAGACGUAUGAAGGGAAGACGUGUUGGCCAGCCACUCCCCCGCAUACGCCUCUGUACCCUGCCCCUCCUCCCCCCUCACCAAUUCCUCCAACGAAGCCUCGAGAUACUGUGGUCUAGAUGGUCGAUGGCAGCCAGAGUAUGUCGACUUCUUACCCUGUACUACUGGUGACAUAUUUAAACAGCCUGAAGACAUGUCCUCACUCAACCGGACACUGGACAUGGAGGGACACACCACUACCCUCCUGGAGACAGUCAUCGAUGCCCGCUACCAGUUGUGUGUCCAGCUGAUGAAGAGUGUCCCACAGCCUCCUGACGGUGUAGUGUUCUGUCCCAGGACGUUUGACGGGUGGUCCUGUUGGAACGAUACCCUGGCUGGCAACACGGCUUACUCCCCCUGUCCUUACUUCAUUACCGGCUUCGACCACACGCGUAUGGCCCAUAAGGUGUGUAAUGAGGACGGCUCCUGGUUCCGGCACCCUCUCACCAACAAUAGCUGGUCUAACUACACCACCUGUAUUGACCUGGAUGACCUAAUGAUGCGGCAGCUCAUUAACACCAUCUACAUCGCGGGUUACUCCGUCUCCCUCAUCGCUCUCGCCAUAUCCCUCGUUAUCUUCUUCCACUUCAGGACGCUGCAGUGUACACGUAUCCGGCUACAUAAGAACCUGUUCCUGAGUUUCAUCCUGAACAACAUACUGUGGAUAGCCUGGUACCUGGAGGUCGCCGGUAAACCCGAGACUGUCUUUGAGAAUAAGACAGGCUGCCAGGUCCUCCACAUCUUCCUACAUUACUUCAUGGUGGCGAACUACUGCUGGAUGUUCUCUGAGGGCCUCUACCUCCACACACUCCUGGUGGUGGCCUUCGUGUCUGAGGAGCGGCUCAUGAAGUGGUUCUACCUGCUGGGGUGGGGCGCUCCUGGCCUCAUUGUCACCGUCUACGCCGCUAUCAGGGGCUCCUCCAGCUCCGACACCAAGCAUUGCUGGAUAGACGAGAGCCACUACACCCUCAUCCUAUCCACUCCAGUGUGUAUAUCUAUCCUGGCCAACCUUGUGUUCCUGAUCAACAUAGUGAGGGUGUUGGUGACGAAGCUCAGAGCCAACCAUGUUCCUGCUGACACCAAUGGCACCAGGAAAGCUGUGAGGGCGACCUUGAUCCUCAUCCCUCUAUUGGGUCUACACUACGUCCUCAUGCCCUUCAGGCCAGCGCCGGGGUCCAACGGGGAGCUGGUAUAUCAGGUGGUGACAGCCCUCGUCUCCUCCUUCCAGGGGUUCUGCGUUGCCCUUCUGUUUUGUUUCUGCAACACUGAGGUAACCACGGCGAUGAAGAAGAAGUGGCAGCAGUACCAAUUCAACCACGGCUCCACCAGGUUCAGUCUCACCACCGCCUGCGUGCUCUCUGUUAAUGGCGGUAACAGCAGGGGCUCUACAGCUCCCCACGGUUCCUCAGUCCUCAGGAGGACGUUCAGCCGAGGGAACCAUCACCACCGUCAGGACAUGUUGGAGAUACCUGGGGAAGGGUCUCCAUGGGCCAACACCCGUAGCAUCGUGAUGGAGAACCCCAGCUUACUCAUGGAGACCAGAAGUGUCGUGGAGGAGGAUUACUUCGGCUCCAGAGAGGAUUGUGUUGGAGGUGAAAGCCAACACUCAGCCCUGGUGGAAAUGCAGGCUGUAGGAGACGUCAGAAACAACGUAGUGGUGGAGACGCAUAACUACGCCAAGGUGGAGAAGGUGGUGUUAGUUGACCCUCCAAACAUCGUAGUUGUGGAGCCUGAUUACUGUUCCUUGCUGGAGAACGGGGCGAUGGAGGACACUGAAGGUGGAGACACAACAGCAGGAGGAGGACGUAGGGGUGAAGGAGGGGUGCUAAAUCCUGUAGGAGAUGUGAUGGAGGGUGGUGAGGCCCUAGAACUCUCCCCUGUCAAAGCCUCCGUCCAUCAGUCUUAAUUAAAGGUGUUUAUUGUCCCGUAGAGCGAAACCCCUGGCAGACCAUAAGGAAGUUUUCUCUAUGUUUAUAUGUCAGCCAGAUGUCACCGAGGCCGGAUGUCACCGAGGCCGGAUGUCACCGAGGCCGGAUGUCACCGAGGCCGGAUGUCACUGAGGCCAUAUAUCACCGAGGCAAGACGUCACCGAUGCCAGAUAUCUCCAAAGCCAGAUACAUAAAACAUGAAGUUAUCGACCAGGUGUCUCUGAGGCUCAAUCAGUAAGCAACAUUUCUCCUAUGCCAGAUAUAUCUUACGCUAGUUAGUUAAAACCUCGAGUAUCAGCCGGAUAACUCUUAAUACCGGAUGCGUAAUCCACAUUUAUCCAGAUACACAAGUCUCUCUAGAGCCAGAUAUUCCUCAUGUAAGAUGUUUCUCAAGUCAGAUAUGUAUCCUAAGGCAGAUAUAUCUCACACUAGAUGUCUCAAAUUAUAUAUGUCUCACGCCAGAUGUCUCUCUAGCCACUUGUAUCGAUUUGGUGUUCGUUUCGGCCUGAUAUCUCUCAAGCCAGAUGUCUCUUGAACUAGAUGUUUAUCGGGUGUGAAAUGUCAGCCGGAUGUAGAGUAGAAAUGAUGUAUACAUAAUGAAAUGAUAGGGAGAGAAAAAGAGAGAGAUGAAGAACUGAUAUAAUAACAUGAUGAAGUGUAGGAGACAUAGCGAAGAUAAAAGAGAAAGAAAGAUAGAGAGAUCAAAUAUAAGUAUAACAUAGUAGAAGCAACGAAGAGAUAAUAGGUGAGAUAACGAAUAUUAGAGGAAAUUAGAGACAUAGAGAUAGAGUAACUUAGAAAUAACUCACUUUAAACAAACAAGAAUUUACUCCUGAAAAUAUACGAUCAAUAAUUCAGUUCCAAUAAUACUUCCUGACCAUAGGAUCUGUUUACCUGAUUUACAAGGUGAAAAAAACAGCACCUCAGCUGUGACAUAUCAAGUUUGUGAUUUACGUAAAUAUAUUUGCAAAAGGAACACAGAAGAAUUGACAAUAAUGACCAGAAAAGUUUGUAAAUAAUGAAAUGAAAAAAAGAAAAGAAAUGUAAUGAAGAAAAUUAUGAGAUGA